AUGACUGGCCCGUCUUCGGCCUGCUUGCCAGUCUUGCUCCUGGGACUGCUUUCGCCGUGGCUGGCAGGGCGCUGCAUGCCCGCCUUCGCCCAGCAGCAGCAGCAGCAGCAGCACAACGAGAGCCUGGAGUGGCGCUGGGGCAGCCUCUUCUCGCGCUCCAUGGCCAGGCUGCCCGGGGAAAGGAAGGAGCUCAGCCGGGACGGGGACUAUCUGCUGGGCAUCAAGAGGCUGCGACGCCUCUACUGCAACGUCGGCAUCGGGUUUCACAUCCAGGUCUUGCCAGACGGCAAGAUCAACGGGAUCCACAAUGAGAAUCGCUACAGUUUGCUUGAGAUUUCUCCAGUGGAAAGAGGAGUAGUGAGCAUCUUUGGUGUUAAAAGUGGACUUUUUGUAGCCAUGAACAGUAAAGGCAAGCUGUAUGGAUCUAGCCAUUUCAACGAUGAGUGCAAAUUCAAAGAGAUCCUGCUGCCAAACAACUACAAUGCUUAUGAGUCCCAGGUCUACCCAGGGAUGUACAUUGCCCUGAGCAAAAAUGGAAGAACAAAGAAAGGCAACAAAGUCUCACCUACCAUGACGGUUACACAUUUUCUUCCUAGGAUUUGA